UAGAAAUUCCGUUUUUUCCCGGUUUGUUUAGCUUGUUAACAUUAAGUAGUUUCGAUGUGUUUUCAGCCGUGUUUUUUUCUUACCUACCCGUAUUCGGAAAGUCCCGCCUCCCUGUUCGUGGAUUGGCUAGUAGUGUAAUCACGCGCAGUUCUUUUUCCCUUUCUGGCGUGUAUGAGCGAGUAAUUCUGACCAAUCACAGUGCAGGAGGUGCUUUUGUUGGAAUACGGAUAGGAAGAAAAAAAAAAUCAUUAAAGCCAACCUUUCCUUAGAUAAACAUAAACAGUUUUUGGACAAUGUUUUUAGAAAUCCAAGGAUAACUAAUGAAAUGACAUAAACAUUAGUCUCAGUUUUCUUUGCUGGAUUCACUGUUUUCAGUCAACAUGAUGUUUUUUUUUACCUGAACCUUAAGCAGUUAAGAGAUAAAUGAAAGACAUUUCCUGCUCAUUUCUUACAGAGAGCUCACCUCUGAGGAUGUGCUGCUGCUGAAGGAGUAUGUAGUUCCUGCCUUCACUCAGGAAGAGAAAGAGAGAAGGGAAGCUGGGAGAGAAGAUGGAGGACUUCACCACGCGGACGUACGGCACCAGCGGCCUGGAUAACAGACCUCUGUUCGGAGAGACUUCAGCACGGGACAGGAUUAUCAAUUUAGUCAUUGGGGGACUCGCAUCUCUGCUAGUGAUAGUGACCAUUAUCAGUGCUUUCGUCUUCCCCUCACUGCCUCCAAAGCCACUGAACAUUUUUUUUGCUGUCUGUAUUUUGCUGAUGUGCGGCUCAGUGCUGGUUCUGAUUUUCUGGUACAGACAGGGAGACCUGGAGCCUAAAUUUCGCAACCUUAUCUACUAUAUGCUCUGUUCGAUCGUCCUGCUAUGCAUAUGUGCCAACCUUUACUUCCACGACGUGGGACGUGACAAAAAGUCCAACGCCUUAUCCUAGGAAGACCAGGAACUUUACCGUGGAGGUAGAAGCCGUUCGUCCGUGCGAGUCUUUCAGCACAAUGAAACGGGCGACCCUUUCUUACCUCCAGCCCCGUGCCGCCAUCGCCAGGGCCGAGUCUGCCUCUGCAGGCCUUCCGAUCGGACCAACAGUGUUCUAAAUGUGAAUAUGUGUAUUCUGUAGCACGGCGGAUGCGUAUGCAGAUGUUUUGCAUCCCGAGUGCUGUAUAUUCCUGCAUUGCUAUAUGACACCAAUGUAAUCACCAGACUGUUCUUGACUAUAAGCCAUGGUUAUAUGCUGCAGAAAACAUUUUAUAUUUGUAUUAUUAUUAUGUUUGAUCUACAUUCCUGAUCGAGAUCUCUCGUGUGUCUGAUGCAACCGACGCUGAAGCACUUACCAAAUCAGAGACGCAGCCGGGCAGGGAGACACCGCUCGGGUUACUGCACUCGCUGCACACUGUGGCAUUUAAUAUGGCCAAGAUUAAUGAUUGUUGAUAUUUCAUUUCUAAUGUGCAUUUUAUGUAAGAAAUAAACCCUGAUUCCCAUG